UUUGUACUCUGCUCCAGGCAGAGCCAGCCGCCACCUAUAAAUAUGCGCCUGCAAAUCCACCAUUCGCAUCCCAAAACCACUCGAGACGCCAUUCAAGCAGCAGCAACGCAGAUCAACACCUUGAAGCGAAGCAAUCGACAACUGAUAAGAAGAAGAUGUGCCAGAUCAAGAAGGAGAUGAGCGCCGAGUCUGGCUCGCCGUGCAGCUCGCCAUCGGCCUCCACCUCGCCGGAGCACCACCAGACGGUGUGGACAUCGCCGCCGAAGCGACCGGCGGGGCGGACCAAGUUCCGGGAGACGCGGCACCCCGUGUUCCGCGGCGUCCGGCGGCGGGGCAACGCCGGGCGGUGGGUGUGCGAGGUGCGCGUGCCCGGUCGCCGCGGCUGCAGGCUCUGGCUCGGCACAUUCGACACCGCCGAGGCCGCGGCGCGCGCGCACGAUGCUGCUUGUGAUGUGAUCUGA